ACAAAAUGGCGGUAGCUCAGUUAACACGAAAAAGGCUCCAAAAAGCAUCCUUUUUUUAGUUUCCGUAACCAAAAUGCCUCGUAAGGCUGGGUUAAUCAAAACUUAUGGCCGUCAUAAGUUCAGAACGGUGAGAACAGCGCCUUGGGUUUCUCCAGAGGAUGUUUUUCGUUCACCAGUUUCGAAGAAAGAAAAAAGCUUUGAAACUCCAACGACUAUUCGAAAAACUGCUAUAACAACCUUUACAAAUCUUCCCAAAUCACACUGGAAUAUUCCAAAACACAAAAUCCCCUCAAAUGAUGACAAAGAAAAUGCCCCAAUAAAUGAACAGAAUAAAGAAGGGAAGAUCAUUUCAAAUAUUUCAAAAAAGAACUCUCAUUCCACGCCAACUAUCCUGCAACAAAAGCAUGCCUCAGCAGGGUUCUUUUCAAGCCUAUCGACCUCUUCACCAGAGGAUUUGAGUGUAGAUGAAGAAUCCUAUGUUAUUCUUCAGAAACAUUCAAGCAAUGCACCAAAAUCUUUCAUUCCUGAAACUCCCGAAUUGAUUACAGUCAAUCAAGAAAAUGGUACAAAUACUCCUUCUGAAGAAUAUUCCAGUUAUUUUUACCAAAAUUCCAAGUUGUCUCGAAAGAGCUUAACCAAUUCAAGUAUAAAGUUAAGCAAAAGCAGUAUUUUAAAGACUGAAAGCAGUGUGUCUCCACUUUAUUCGUCCUUUGGGUCUAAUACGUGUUUAUCUUCUGCCAAAAAACCAUUACGAGCUUCACAAGUAACAAGUAAUAGUUUUAGCAGUGAUCCAUCUUGUUCGACUAGUACUCCAAUAAUCAGAGCUAACUCGCAGAACUCUCAGCUAGUGACUCUAAGAGGCCAAAAAAAGCAACAAUAUUUUUCCAAUCCAAACAGUGAUUUUUCACUCUCAGACUGUCAGGUCUUUGUGCAGCCAAUGAAACUCACUCCAGAACAGUACCAAGCAGCUAGAUUAUCCCUUGAGAAUCAUAAUAAUACAUCAACAAGCAGUUAUUUUACUGUUUAUUCAACCAAGGGGUCUCCUGAAUCUGAUCUGUCGAAAAUCAGUGAUGCACCAAAUUUUGAAAGUGAAAUUCAAGAAACUAAAAAAAAUCCAAGAAUUUCUUCAAGUAGUGGAAGCACAAAUGUAAUGGUUAGAGAUUGUGUAGUUUCAUUAGAAAAAUUAAAACUUUCUCCUUUGAUUGGACAAGAGGGAAGAAAACGACCAAUUGGGACUUUCAGUGUUUCAUGCAACAGUAGCUAUGCUAGCGCUUCAUCAGAUGACCUGUUCAUGCCUUCAACUCCACCCAGAAAACAAGCUUCACGCAUGUCUUUUGUGGAAGCGCUGACUCCUGCAAAAAUAAGUCCAUCUGCAAUAGAACUGUCUGCCUACCAGAAACUCUUGCUGGAAUGUGAACAGGAUGCACCUAUGAAAUUUAGUGAAUAUCUUAAACCAAGUUUGAUGAAAAAAUGUGUCAAGAUUGGAGAAGGUGUCUAUGGUGAGGUGUUCAAGACAAUCAAUAAAUACAAACAGACUGUAGCUCUAAAGAUUAUCCCUAUAAACGGUGACUUUGAGGUAAAUGGAGAGCCUCAAAAAUCUUCAGAAGAAAUCCUCCCUGAAAUAAUAAUAUCCAAGGAGCUGAGUGCUUUGAAGUAUUCUGAAGAAUUACARGAAAAUUCAACUCCAAAUUUCAUAGAUGUAAACAGAGUUAGUUUGGUGCAAGACAAGUAUCCAGCUCACCUGAUCAGAGAAUGGAUUAAAUGGGACAAAAAUAACCAAUCAGAAAAUGAUAAACCUGAUAUAUUCCCUUCUGACCAGUUUUUCCUAGUGUUUGAAUUUGCUAAUGGAGGACAAGACUUGGAACACUUUGAAUUCAAUUCCUGUUCUGAAGCCAUCAGUGUGUUACAACAGAUAACCCUAUCCCUUGCCGUAGCUGAAAGCAGUCUUGAAUUUGAACAUCGAGACUUACACUGGGGGAAUGUCUUAAUCAUUCGCAAUGACACACAAGAAGUAAACUAUUGUCUAAAUGGACAAGCAAUAAAAAUAAACAGUUAUGGGGUGCAUGUCAGCAUUAUUGAUUUCACACUGUCACGGCUGAGAAAAGAUGAUGUCACUGUAUUUUGUAAUCUUUCUGAAGAUGAGUCACUCUUCACUGGUAAAGGGGAUUACCAGUUUGAAAUAUAUCGUCAAAUGCGAGAGAUAAAUGAAGAUGACUGGGAGAAAUUUACUCCAGCGACUAAUGUCCAAUGGCUGCACUACCUAACUGACAAGAUCAAAAACAAGAAAUAUCCACUUGACAGGAAGAUGAAGGCCUGGUUACGCAGCUUUUUCAACCAGGUUAAGGACUGUCAAUCUGCACAGGAGGUUGUAUACAGUGACUUCUUUGAAGAAAUGUAAAAACUUGCUGCACAUUUGUUGAUAUAUACUCCUAUUACAGUAGAGUUGACAAAUGUAAAUACUGUAACAGCCAGUCAUCAGCCAAUGCUCAGUCAGAACUGAUACUUGCCUGGCCAGAUCUUUGCCUUGCUGGUCAUGACCAGUAACAUUGAUCCAGAAACAAAUAAGGUGAAAAUUGAGCUGAAAACUAAUUUGGCCAGUAAUCAUGGCCAGCGAAUGACAAGACAUUAUUUUAGCCCUGGUGGGGCCUUCUAGGGUCACAGUGUACAUAUAGCACUAGUAUAGCAUUGAAAUCUAACCAGCACAUAAUAAUACUACGUCCAUGGGCAAGGCAAGUUAACUAUUACUACACUCAAGGGCAGAUCCAGGGGAGUGAAUAGACAACUUGCACUAACAGGUCAGGUGACCUGUAGUACCUCCAUUAAAACCAGCAGUUGUGUGAAAAUGAACUUUACAAAUAAAAAGAGCAGCUCAACAUUAGUAAGAGGGCAAAGUUUCAGCUCAUAAUGCAAACUACAGUAUAGGAGAAAUGGCAUUAAAUAUAAAAUCAGACAUUUUAUGAGGAUUUGUAUGGGAGAAGUGUUGGGUGGCAACUUCUUGCCAUCCAGCACAUUUCCCCAUACACAUCCUUACAAAACAUUGAAAUUUAUUUUUAAUGCCAUUUCUUCUUUUUCACUUAUUAUGAGCUCAGUUACCCUACUAAUAAGUCAUCUAUUGGGUGAGUUGUUAUCCCUCCUUGGAGUUGAAAACAUUAGUAAAAUAAAAAUAAUGAUUAUAAUAAGAUCUAAAUAGGGUGCUAUGCGAUGCCCUUCUAGGUAACAGUUACCCCCUUGAAAUUGUUCUUGAUCUGCCAAUAAACACCACCCUUGUUUACCAGAGAUUCUCUAUCCACAAGAAAACUUAGAAAAAAUGCUUUCAAUUAUUGCUAUAGUCCAUCUUGGUUAGUAGAUCUCAUUUCAAUUUGUUUUUACAGUCUGUGAUAAAUACCAGGCUAGAUUUUGAUAUGGGCCAAUAGGAAGUGUGUAAUUAUCAAUAACCCAUAGAAAUUACAAUAAUUAUUAUUCCCUAAUGUAUGUACAUGUAUAUAACGUAUAAUGUAGUAAAUAAUACUUAAAAAUUUAUACCAAGAUUUUAGCUAACUAAUUUUGAAGGAAAUGUUUGAGCUAGCUGAGUGGAAGCAGAUUGGGUAACUUGUAGCACAAAUGAACCUAUUUUUAGCCUGGGCAAUGUUUUCAAUUCUAUCCUUAUUAUACAUAUAGAGUCUUUUAGUUGUGACGUAUUUCUGGGUAUGACCCCUCACAGGCAGCCCAAACAAGGUUCCUGUGUAUGGUUUAUGAGGGAAUGUAUGGGAGUUAUGAUGAAGUCAUGACAAUAAAAUAUUUCAAUCAACAAUUUGCCUCAAAACUUGCUGCAGUUGUUUCUUUUACUUUGUUCAGUCUUCUGGAAAAGUUUCAGCGCGAUUUGAGGCCGUUUAGUGGGUUUCUCCAAAAUCCGCUCCUCUAAAAAAAACCAUCAAUAAAAUCUCAAAUCACGCUGAAACUUCGCCAGAACUGUUUAUCAACCAUACACAGGAACCUUGUUUGGGCUGCCUGUGGACCGCUCAUAAUAAACCACUAAUUAAAAAUGAAGGAAAAAUGUUCUCAAUGAUUUAAUCUCCACCUGAAACAAUAUUAGAACUUUGGAUAAAAAUCCUUGUCAUGAAUAAAAAGUAACAAAACCAA